AAACAGCUGGCAUCUGACAGAGCAGAUAUAAAACAAAAAUGAUGAAGGUCUUUUUGGUUCUGGUUCUGGCUGUAUUUACAGGUUGCCAAGCCAACUUGUUCUAUGCUGAUGAGCCCAAACCACAGUUGGAGCAACUGACUGAUGCUUUCUGGGACUAUGUGGCCAAGGCAACACACACUGCUGAGGACACACUAAAAACAAUUAGAGAGUCUCAACUUGGACAGGAAGUCAAUGCUAGAAUUACAGAUGGUGCUAAUGUGGCCAGUCAGUAUGCUGUCACUCUUCAGAACAAAAUGAACCCUCUAACCCAGGAGAUCAUGGCCAAAAUCACCAAGGAGGCUGAAGUUCUGAAGGAGCGUCUUGAGCAAGAUCUGUCCACUGUAAAAGACAAACUGGAUCCCUAUGCUGAGGACCUAAAGACCCAAAUUCAUCAGAGAGUGGAGGAGCUAAGAGAAGCUGUUGCUCCCUACGCUGAGUCAUUUGACUCUGAUGCUCUAAAAGCCACUGUGCUGCAGAAGACCCUUGAGCUCAGGGGAAGUGUUGUGGAGAAAGUUAAUGAACUGCAGUCCAAGCUAGAGCCCUACACUGAAGAGCUCAAACAGAAAGUAGAUCAGCACCUGCAGGAAUUCCAGAAGACCGUGGCUCCUCUAACUGAAGAUCUUCACGCCAAGGUUGCUGAGAGAGCCGCUUUGGUUCAACAGGGUCUGGCUCCCUUUGCUGAGGACCUGAGAGAGAAACUCGACCCCUUCGCCCAAAACCUGGAGGACCAGCUCACUUCUCUUUAUGAGUCCUACGUCAAGAUCAACUAAAUAGUGCAAACACCUAUUUUCACUCACUGCAAUGUUUUUCCACUGCUAUUCUGUUUAUCUCACCCCAAAAUAUAGCAAAUAAAAUAGGCUGUGUUAACUUGCUAAAGAACAAAGUAAUUUAUCCUGUGACAGAAAAAUGGGAACAUUUAAUUUCAAAAUGUAUAAUGCUGUUUUAAUGUAUUAAUAUUGUUUGUGAGCAUUUUUCAAUUACAUUACAUGUCUCAAGAAACAA